AUGUCGUUGUUUCCGUCUUUUCAAUUGCUAGAGCUUAACAUAAUCUCUGCUCAAGAUCUAGCUCCUGUCUCCCGUAAAAUGAAGACCUACGCGGUCGCUUGGGUUCACUCAGAGCGUAAACUCACAACCCGCGUCGACUACUCCGGUGGUGGAAACCCGACUUGGAACGACAAGUUCGUUUUCCGAGUAAGCGAGGAUUUCCUCUACGCCGAUACUUCAGCCGUGGUGAUCGAAAUCUACGCUUUACAUUGGUUCCGUGAUGUUCACGUUGGCACAAUCCGUGUCCUCAUAAGCAACCUAAUCCCUCCAAAUCGUCGACCUGGAUACCGAAGUAACGACGAGUAUCGCCAUACACCGCCUCCCGGGAUGCGAUUCGUCGCGCUUCAAGUUCGUAGACCAUCUGGUCGUCCUCAAGGGAUAUUGAACAUUGGUGUAGGAAUGCUUGAUGGAUCUAUGCGUAGUAUGCCACUUUACACAAACAUGGACUCUUCUGCAGUUGGUUACAGAGAUUUGCUUGGGGAUGAUGAUCCACAUUUGCAGAAUUUGCAUCUUAAUAGCUACAAAGGAAGCUCGAGGAAUCCGCAAUCUCCUUCUUCGAAACAAUACCAAUCCGUAGUCUCGAGACCACCACCGAUGCUCCGUCGUACAAGGAGCGAUACGAGCUCAAUGGUGGUUUCCGAUCUUCUAAGCAGAGCAGAACGGAGCCGUUUGGCUAAUCGGAAACCUGCAAGCGCGUUGAUGAGCAAUGACGAAUCGGAAACUGUACCUACAACGUCGGGACACGAUUCAACGACGUCGGAUUCCGACGCAACGAACAUGAUCGAUUAUGCUCCUCCUUACCAAUCCCCUCAUAUGCCGAGUCAGAGAUACGAUUCGUUCGAGCCUGAUUUCGUGGAUCAGUCGCCGAACCGCAAUGUUUCACGGCCGAGAAGUGAGAGACACAAGGAAUCGCCGGCUUAUCAUUCGUAUGAACAUCAAUCACGCAAAACUCCGAGAAGAUCAACGCCGAUGAUCGAGAAACCGAGACCUCCGAGAGAUUACGAUCGAACUAGCAGCCGCGCUUCACCGUACUUGUCAAGACACGGUACUCCGUUGAGAUCUAACAUCAUCGCAUCUACUCCGAUCAGAUCUAACAUGGUUGCAUCUAGUCCGAUGAGAUCCACCGGCGUUGGAUCGACUCCAAGGAGAUCUAACAUCCUCGCAUCGACUCCAUUACGAUCCAACAUCGUCGGAUCUACUCCGAUUCGAUCUAACUACAUGGCUACACCGAUGAAAUCGCCUCUACAAUUCGGUACUCCGAUGAGAUCUAAUUUAGCAGGACGACCGAUUUUAACAGAAUCUGAGUUAGGUCCAUCACCUUCAGAAGUAGCUCAGAAAAUGGCGAAAGAGAGAUCGCGAGCCAACGAAACAGAGAGCUCGAUCCUCAGCGAAUGGAGUCUCGACGACGAUAGUAACAUCGAAGGUCUCAGAUCGAAACUCGAGCGGUGGCGAACUGAGCUUCCGCCGCUUUACGAUCUCGGAUCAAGUCACCAAAGCAGCGAUGUAGGGAGCGGCGCGAUUGUUCCAGUCACCGGAGGAAAAAGCUCGAGGAGGAAAACUCCGACGACGGUGAAGAAGAAGCAUAAUCGCCGUCACACCGAAGGAGGAAACGGACUUUUCUCGUGUUUCAGUAAUAUCUGCGGCGUUGAAUGCACUUUCGUGUGUGGAGGCGGGUCGGAUCCGGACGGGUCAAAAAAGAAAGGUGGGUCCUCCGGGCGUAUUCCACGGUUGGGUUCUGCUGAUAAUUUGAGUUAUUUGUGA